AAAAUUUGCUAUCAACUCUUGUUCUAGCCAAAAAAAAAAAAAAAAAAAAAAAACAAUUGCUUAACAACACCGAAACCCAAAACAACAGGAGUCUCGCCGCAAGGAACGGAAUUACACCCGGUGGCGAUUGAGGUCACUGACUCUCAUCUCGCCGAAACCACUCCGAACCCGUUACCGAACCGUACCUGUUGUGCAAUGCCUCAAUCUCCGCCGGCCGAAGUCUCCGAUUCGUCUAUUGAUGAUGACGAUCAAGUCGAAGAAGUAGGAGACGAUGACGACGAAAAACAACAAGUUCAGGAGAAAAGCGAUGACGAUAUGUCAGUUUCAACCCCUGAAGCUAAUGAUGAUGAUCAUCAAAAAGACGCUGUUAGAGAUGACUUGAAAUCUCAGAGAUGUAAUGGGAGCUUUGGAUUAAGUUCAUCUACUAGAGAGAAAUUAUCGGAAAAUGUAGCUUUUUCUGAGAGUUAUAUAAAUGUAGACUUUGCAGUAAACAAAACAGAUGGUGAAACACUUUCAGCAAAGAGCCCCAAGAAAUACCACAAAGAACAAACUUUGGAUGUCAAUCCUGAUUUGCGUGUUAGCGACAUCACAAACGCUAAAAGGUCCAAUUCAUCUUUUGCUGAAGGAAAAGAUAUGGGUGCUGUUUUACUGAUGAAUAAUUGUGUCAGGCAGAAAGAUGUUCUCUAUACGCAGUAUGAAAUUAAGCAAACGGCACUGCAGUCCUGCAAUGAUGAAAAGCGAAAAUUGUCAAGAUUGGUUGCAUCUGGGAAAGAGACUGGAAGUCACUCCCCUGGUGUUGAGAUCAUGGAUCAAAAUAAACGUCCUGCAGUCAUAUGCGACUUUUAUGCAAAAGGCUGGUGCAUCAAAGGUAGUUCUUGUAGGUUUCUGCAUGUGAAAGAUCGUCUUAAUAAUGAUCUUCUGCAAAGCGAGGUAGAUGGUGUUGCAGAUAAUAAAGUAGAAGUCCAACUUGAAGGUUUAAGAGAAACUACUCAGAAAUCGAGGUCACCUAGUUUUCCUGAAGCCUUAGCACCUUCAGUUGGAAAUAAUUCUGAUAGCAUCAAGUCAUUGGAACACUUAGAAAGAAAAGCCUCUCAUAAUAUUCUUGAAAUGCCUAAAUUUGUGUCUUUUCAGAGAGAAGUAUUUCCCCUUUCAUUUAAGGAUGUAGGAAGGGAAAAUAAAAGUCAAAUCAAGUCGGUUAAUGACUAUAGUGGCCGGAGCACUCUGACUAAUCGAGAUGGUCCUGUAUUAAAUAAAAGCUUGCAUCCGGAGUACGGAGUUUCUUCAAGUGGAAAUAUUAUAUCAUCAACCAAUUAUCAUUUUAUAAAUCCACCUUCUCAUUCUAGAAGUAUGGAGGAACCUACUAGCAUCCAAAGCCAACCUACACUCAAUAAUCAGACUUUAACUAGCCAAUCUCCAAAUUCAAGCUCAGGCAAUUCUCUUUUGACUACUGGCAUGCUAUCAUCCAGUCGUAUCUCAGCCUGGACAGAAUCUUCUCUUCCAUUAAGUUAUUCCUCUGUAAAACCAAGUCCUCUUGGCUUGAGAUCUUCAUUUCUUCAAAGUUCUUCUCACUAUGGUUCUGAACCAGAUAAUUUACCCUCAACAAAUCGUAUAUCUUAUUCGAAUGAUUGGGAGCCAUCUGUACCAUUUCAACCAUCUUUCUUAGUUCGCUCUAUGAUGUCAUCUACUGGAAGCCAGUAUGAUCCUCUUCGUGAUGUUGUUGAGUUAUCCAAGUCGGGGGACGUAUCCUUGAGAGCUUCCUACUAUAGUCAAGGGUCAUCAAUUGUAAAUAUAUUGCAUCCCCAAAAUCAUGGUGACGUGGUUCCAGAUGCCCCAGACCUAGCAUGUAAUGAUGAUAUGAAGUCUGUAUCAUCUCAUAAUACGUAUCAUGGGAAAGUCCUAGGUAAGAACUGCCAAACACAAGGAAAAGAUAUGAUUGAACUGGAGGUUGUGGGAACUUCUACUGGCUGGGAAAAAGGGUCCGUAGCAAAGCAAAAGAAUUCUUCAGGUUCAUUUGAUGUCAAGGACAUUACCGAAGCAACCAGUGAUGGUAGACAUCGAAGUCAGAAGCAUGGGCUGUGUGGUAGUUUACAUGUAAAAGCGGACCGCGUAGGACAAAAAAUUGAAACUGUAGCUGGACACAUUGUGGAAGGAGUAGUUGUACGUAAAGAAUCCAAAGCACAGUUGCAAUUUCGUUCUGCUCUCAUAGAUUUUGUGAAAGAGUUACUGAAACCAAAGUGGUGUGAGGGAGCUCUCAGCAAGGAAGCACAUAAAAAGAUAGUUAAAAAAUCAGUUGAGAAAGUACUCAGCACCUUGCAACCUGCACAGAUACCACCUUCAGUGGAAUUAGUUAAACAAUAUCUUGCUUCUUUCCAUGCAAAAAUAGAAAAACUUGUUGAGGGCUACGCUGGUAUAUAUGGCAAAGUAUGAGUGCUAGGCCAAGUUUAGUAUUUUGUAAAAUUUUGAACAACUUUUGCUAACAUAAGUAUGAAAAGAUUGUUUGUCUUAGAUGGAUGGAAUAAAUUGUGUCGCAUAUGUUGUUACAUUAUAUCAGUGGUUGAUUGAUAUCUUAUUAGCGGUCCAUUUUUAGGGUCUUUUUUUCCCCCAUGUUAUGUGAUUUAGAAAUUUUAGGUUUACAACAGAAGAUAACCCUAUAACUGUGAAUUAUUUCGUUUUGGUACAUGCUUUAUAUAUAUUGAAGCUUCCAUAAAA